CGCGGGUAUUAGACAUGCCCUUCGGACGCUCCUAUUGCGUUUUAUACCCGCUAUUCCAGGGACAUUAGAGGUGAUUCAAACUUCCGUGCGAAUACGAGAAGGAUUUGGGAGGAGGAGCGCAAGAUGGAGACGCCUUCGUCACCUAAACGUGCACACUCCCGCUGACAUCAAUACAGCUGAGCCUCGCUGCAGUGGAAUGUUGUACCUUCAGCAUGCGCACCAGCCCGACUGCGCACACACACCCUGUGCAGAGGUGCCGACCUAGCUGUCAUGUAAUCCACUUCCGCGCGCCCUGAAGAAGUUAAACUACCUGAGUGAGUUGGUAAGGAGGAGGGGUAGCUGACAGCUGUACCGCCGGCGUGCCCCUCAGCUGCACCCGGUGGGAAUUCGGACAAACCCCGGGCGCACAGCGCACUCACCUCUAAUGGAGCUCAAUGUAUUAUUCCGCCAGCAAGCAGCGUCACUAACUAACUGUGCGUCCCGCAUACUAUGUAGGACUGCGCUAAGGUUUGGACGUACGUGAGACGGAGAAGGAAGGGACGGUGUACUGAUGGCACAAUCUUUCUUCAGUUUCUGAGUAACGGGAUAGAGUUGAGACAUCACCAUGUAGUCCGUACGACUGACAACACCGUUUUCACCAUGCAAGUUUACAUGGAAAUCCCGAAACCCGGACCAGAUGCGCUGCGUUCCUGGUUCAGCGGGGUGCAGAUAACAUGGGUCCCGGUUUUCGCAGGGCUUUUUGUGCAACACGUCUAUAACAAGAUUUGGAGUUUUGACUCUGCGGCGAGGAGACUAGGAGGCGGCUAGUGACCAUGCUGAAGCUGUGUGUACUGCUGAAGUGCAUGUGUCUGCUGUAUGCUAUUAACGGAGUCCAUUGUAACGGGCUGGGCAUCGCCCCCGUCACCCCCAACAAGGUCAAAGGCAUGGAAGGCGAGACUGUCACCCUCCCCGUGCAGAGCAAGGUGGAUCUAGACAAAGUGAUCGCGGUGACGUGGAGCCGGGUGAGCGGGGAGUCGGGCAGGGAGAGAGUCGCCGUGUACAUGUACUCAGCCGCCUCCAAGGGCCACGCCCUCAAGCCGCUGCAGGGCCGGGCCUCGUUGAAUCCCGACGGUUCGUUGCGGAUAGAUGACGCCAAGCUUUCCGACGAGGGCCUGUAUGUCAUGACGCAACUCAUGGACGACAUUGGACAAACAGAGGAAUACGUCAAGCUCAUCAUAAUAGUACCGCCAAAACUCUCCAUAGGAAAAGAGAAUCAUUUACGAGUUCAUGUGGGCAGCACGAUAGCGCUGAACUGCACCGUGGCGGACUCCAAGCCGGACCUGACGAAGAUCGAGUGGCGGAAAAACGGAGUACUGUUGAACUCGACCCGGCUGAAGGAGCUGAAGGAUCAGGAGGAUGGUCCCGCUGCCGUGAUCACGCUGGUGGUCACCAACGUGACCAAGAACGACGCCGGGAAGUACACCUGUCGCGCCGAGAACGUCGUCUCAGAGGACGAGGAGAGCGUCCAGGUGGAAGUCAUGUAUCCUGCUAAAAUCAUCAACGUAUCGCGUGACGUAGUGGUGGACGCCUCCAGCUCCGCUACGUUCUACUGCUACGCCGAGGGCAACCCUCCCCCCAACAUCUCCUGGUUCCGUGUCAUCGCCCCUCACAGGGCUGUCGUCAGUAAACAAAAGAAACUUAUCCAAGAGUUGGAGUCCAAGUCGGCAGUGCUGAAGCUGAACAACGUGAGAAUCAACGACAGCGGGGAGUACAUCUGUACCACCAGCAACGGCAUGGGUGGGGAGGACUACAUGUCUGUCCGGCUGUCGGUACGGGACACGGACCACACAGCGUUAGGUAGUGAACUUCCCGAGGAUUUCCUGGAGCUGCUCCUCCUAGCUGCCGGUGUGGCAGGCGGAGUCUUCCUUCCCGUGGCCAUCGUUCUCGUGGUUCUGGCCUGCCGAAGAAGUAGGAGCAGAAGUAAUAGCCAGCAGGUGGUGAGGAUUGUCUCGCCCAUCCGGCCCCAACAGCCUGACCAGGAGGUGGCACCAGCCAACGACCCGUCCAGGGAGCCUAGGUACCGGCCACGGUCAGCUGACAGCGAUGACGGUCGACGGUUUGCUCGCGCCAAAGGCAACUACAAUCCUCAAGACGAUAACGAACUCAAGCUGAAGACGAACGACGUGGUGCAGUUGCUGAGCACGGAAAAUAGCGGCUGGUACUUCGGCUACCUGGACGGGCGGCUGGGCCUAAUCCCCGCACACAUCGUAGAGAUCAUACAGUUCGAUAACAGGAAAAGAAGGAAGGUGCGAGACAAGAGGUUCGCGCGUGCGCUGUACGACUACUCUCCGCAAGAGGAGGGUGAGCUGAGGCUACAGGUGUAUGACGUCAUUGAGGUGUUGAACAGGGACGAGUCAGGCUGGUGGUACGGCCGGUGUCAGGGCAGUCUAGGAGUCUUCCCUUCCAACUAUGUAGAAGUCAUCUCGGUGGAAGAUGUUGGUGAAUUAACAGAAGACGAGAUGAGAGUUUGUACGUGCGCUUCCACGUCCAACUUGCCGGAGUACGGGUGCGGCGAGGAGGGCUGCUGUGCCGAGCAGGAAAACGUGCAGGGAGGGAUUAGACGCAGCAGUCCGACGUGGUGCGAUUUGUGCCCCCCUAGCGAGUCGGGGGAGUGUUGCCAGCCGAGCACCACCACCGAGCGGCCGUGCUACGAUUCAGGGUUGUCCCCGUCGACGGACCGGGGCUGUUACGGACAGGCCAGCGCGGUGGAAUGUCACCAGCACGUCCACGAGGAAUACCACCAACAUCACCACCACCACCACCACCAUGACGACAUUUCCGGCUCCGAGAGCACCUCCGACUACUGGGGAAGUCCGGAGAACGGAACGGAAUAUGUAAAUGAGGGUGCGGCCGCGUCGUCCUCCGAAAGGAGACUGUCCCGUUGCGAAAGCUUUUGACCUCACCCAGGGUAAUAAUGACCGGAAGCGGACCACACUCUGUUGCUAUCUUGGACAAUAUCUGGAUCCUUCUUCCCCCUGUCGGGACGAUGUUUCAAUAUUUGCGGCAUGCAUGGGUGAUUUUCGUGUCAAAAAUGACUGAUGCAAACCCAGUACAGAUCGAUUCUGGCAAAGUCAGCUGAUGUCUAUCAAGAUAUCGUCUCUCCAUCGGCUGACUGGCAAAGAUAAACCAUUUCCUACUGUAAUAUAGCAACUCAAUGAUGCUGCAUUACUGCACUGUGAUUCAAGACUUAAAAGGUCAUGUCCAGAAGAAAAGAAUCUUUUCACAUCUUCACACCAUCAAAACUGAUUCGGACGUAAACAAAAAACAAAUGACCUCCAAAAGCAUCGAAACAAAUAGAAUACGCCAGAUGGAAGAAAAGCCAGAGGAAUCGAUCGAUUUGGAGUCGGGGAAAGCUUGUAAAUUCCUAAAUACUUUCCAUAAUCCUGGAUAGAAGCAAUGCCAGCGAAGGAUGAGGCAAAGAAAAUGAGCUUGGUAAGCCGAUAGUUCCCUGAAUGGAUAAUUCCCAUCAUGCCCCUGGAGGCCUGAUCAUGCGCAGAAGGGUGAGCUUCCUCUGGAGGACGCGUGGACAUCCGUGGUGCUCUGUCGCUCGUGCGAGGAGAUCGAGAUACUAACUCGGAAAAUCAUCCGGACGGGAAACUAUUCUACCCACAUCGGACAACUGUACAUGUAGAAAUUGAAUAUAUAUAUAAAUAUACAUACAUGUAUAGAACGGACCUACAUGUGACUUGGAAGAAUUAUUAUUACGUCAUUUGUGCAAUUCAAACUUUGUCUCCUUCAUUCGGUGUGCUUUUUCCAGGAUCUACAUUCCUUGCCUUUUUUUUAAUAAUUGCGCCGUGUUUUUUUUUUUUACUCUGCAGCUUAAUUGUAUGCCGAAGUGCGGAAAAUGAUAAAUAAGCGUUAUCUGUACAGGGAUUGGUCGGAAUGUCCACGAUAUCGCCCUUCCUGUGACCGUUUUAUAGUGCCAUACAUACAUGAACUGUUCAUUGAGUCAUCGAUCCUGACGAGAAGCUGCCCCACCCCAGGACGAACAGGGGACACUACCAGGCUGAUGGCUGAUUUCCUACUGGCUGGCCCAGUCUUCAUUACUUCCACAUCCGAUCGAAUUUCCAUCAACAGUUUUCCAUAAAAAGACUCAGAGUGUUGUAAGCCAAAUCAGACCGACUGCAGAUGAUUUGGCACCGAAUUCGACGUAUAUAUCACCUACGAAACAAUGUUCUGCUCACUGUUCGUAGACAAGAUAAGGGUCAUUUGUAUGCGUUAUGCCCUGCUGGAAACUUGACCUUUCACCCUCGCGUGAAAUUAAUCUGACCGGUUUCUAUGGAAACCGACGGGCGAUAUCAGUGUAUAAAUAUAUAUGCAACGCAUCUUGUACCGUGCGGGUUUCAGGAAAGGUCGAAACACGGACAGGGCAGUUGAUAAUGCCUUUCCUCGUAAUGUGCUCUAGCAAUGGUCUGUGAACCGAUAUAGGUAUUGCUUGAUGAAGACAUAGUGAUCGCAGUAAUUCCGGUCUGUUUUACCUAGCUAGUACUACUGUGACUGUAGUUGUGAACAAACCAACAACACUACAUGGUGCAAUAUUGGUUUUGUACGGAUUCACGUAAAUAUUUUCAUGACAGGUUGCCGUAAUUGGGACCUGCCAAAUUUAAUGCCGCGAGAUGGGCUGACUGUCGUUAUACGCUACGCAGUGUCAUAAACUACUCUUGUAAUGAUGGGGGAAUCCAACUAAGCGGGUACCAAAUCUACAGCUACUCUAUCUCUGACAUACGCCAGUGAUACUUUGUAGCAAGUAAAAGACCCAGUUAAUUGGUUUUGUGGAAAUAAAAAAAUCAUGGCGCAAUU